AUGGGGUUUCGACAUCAACAAUAUCCGGAUUAUGUGUGUUUACUAAAGAAGUCGCUCUACGGUUUGAAACAGGCCCCGCGUGCGUGGUACCAACGCUUUACGGACUUUGUCUUUUUAUUGGGUUUCAAACAAAGCAAAUGCGAUAACUCGCUUUUUACUUACCGUCACAACGGUGCUACAGCCUACUUACUUAUCUACGUCAAUGAUAUCAUUCUCACGACAUCGACAGACUCUCUUCGCGUGCAUCUUAUGUCUCGUCUCUCGGCUGAAUUUGCUAUGAAGGAUCUCGGGCCUCUUAGUCAUUUCUUGGGUAUUCAUGUUCAACGGCAAGGUGACACCAUGUUUCUUUCUCAGCAGGUUUACGCGAAAGAAAUUAUUGAUCGGGCCGGCAUGUCUACAUGCAAAUCCGCGGCAACACCAGUCGAUACUAAGCCUAAACUUGGCUCCAACUCGGGUGCUGAUUUUGACGAUCCAACGUUAUAUCGUAGUCUGGCGGGGGCCCUUCAAUACUUAACUUUCACGCGGCCCGAUAUCUGUUACGCUGUGCAGCAAGUAUGUAUGUAUAUGCAUGCACCCAAAGUCGACCAUUGGAAUGCCCUCAAACGCAUUAUUCGAUAUCUUCAAGGCACCUCGUCUCAUGGUCUCACAAUUGGUAUUUCUACGGAUCUUUCAUUACGUGCUUAUACAGAUGCCGACUACGCGGGUUGUCCGGAUACGCGACGUUCCACCUCUGGUUACUGUGUCUAUUUAGGACCGAACAUUAUUUCUUGGUCAUCUAAACGUCAAGCUGUCAUUUCUCGAUCCAGUGCCGAAGCAGAAUACAGGGGUGUUGCAAAUGUGGUUGCCGAAAUUUGUUGGCUUCGUAAUCUUCUGUUAGAAUUACAUCGACCCGUCACCACAGCCAGUCUUGUCUACUGUGAUAAUAUCAGUGCCAUUUACCUAUCCGGGAACCCCGUUUGUCACACCCCCAAAAUACCACCCAUGGGAAACCCUACUAGGCGUGUGACAAACCAAUAA